GAGAGAGAGGAAUGAAAGCAAGCCAGCCAGCCAGCCAUUGUUCGCUAAAAGUUAUACAAAUAAUCAAUACAGCAGUUUACGACUGCUUUGAACCGCAACUUGUCUCUGUCGCUCAGCGCUGCAAUAUAUUUAUGAAUGCGUUUUGGAAGUUCAGGGAAGCAGAAAUAUACGGGACUUGUAGGUAUAUUGCUGUGCUCGUGGGGAAUGAAGCUUUUUUCAAUUGGGCUGAUCUUAUUGGUUAUUCAAUAUACAGGAGAGAGUUUUGUGAAAGAAAUCACAGGGGUCCGCGGCAGUGACAUCUGGAUCGAAUGCAUGUUUGACGCUGCCAGGAUGAGACAAGACAAGCCUGUAUUGUGGCACCACUGUCACAAUGAUGUCUGCACAAACAUCCAACACUAUAAGAACGGUGUGGAUCAGCUGCAGGGCAGGGCAGCCUCGAGGAGGAGGAGGGUUUACCCUGAUAAAUUCAGAGAGGGAAAUGCCUCUCUCUUCAUUGAGAACGUGCAGAUGUCUGAUGAGGGGCUUUAUAAAUGUACUGUCGUAUUGAGAGAACGUCCUGACACUAAAAUCUCUGUUUUAACUGUUCUAGCCUCUUCCGAACCCCCUCAGUUGACAGAAGCCCUGGACACUCGCUCCUUCACCUGCUCUUCUAGAAAUGGUUUCCCUCCUGCGCUGGUGACCUGGACCGGUGGCAGUGGGAUGAAUUACACUCCGGAUUCAGUCACGCAGCACACACUGAAUCCAGAGGGGCUGUAUGAUGUUGUGAGCAAAUUAACAAGGAAUGUUAAUGAAGAGGAAACAGUCUGCUGUACAGUGUGGAACCAGCCUCUCCAAGAACACAAAACCAACUGCACGCGAGUCACUCCAGGACAAGAGACCGAUGAUCAGCAUAUUAUAAAAAUAAUAAUAAUAGCAAUCUUAAUCCCUGUCACCCUUUUCAUCAUGGCUUCUUCUGUUGGGAUCAUGAUAUACUUCUACCUCUAUGAAGAUGCUGUUCUACUGUAUCCCUCUUGCAGACGCCAGAAUCUGGCCACAAAGCGGGAAAGGAUUUCUAAUUGCUCAAACGACACGGUCAUUGUACUGAUUGGAAAACCAAAGCACGGCGUGCCGUCGCUCAUCAACUCCUGUGUGUUUGCCUACAAGGCUGAAGAACCCUUUGCUAACUGGGCUGGUGCUGACAAGGAUCCCCCACAUUAUGCCCAGCCUGAGGAGGUGCCCCUAACAGAGCACAUCACGAUCACCAGAGCACUGCUGCAGCCAGAGGACAGCUUCUGGACCAGUGAAAGGGACUCCUACCUGGACAACUGGAGAAGGGAAGCCCAGAGUCACAGACGCCCUUUUGUGUUUGUGCACAGUUGCAUCAACAAGCUGACAGCAACAACCAAAGAUGAAAUUCAAAAACUGUUUGAAGAUGUUAGAAGUGUUUCAGGCUCGUACCCUUUCACUGCGCUGACCAUGAAGAGUUUUGGAAAUGCAGAUGAGCUGAAAUGUUUCUUCAAGGAUCUGGGGAGUAAACGGGUGUUUUCAUUUGACAACUACACGAUACAGGAGCACAAGAGAAGAGCAAAGAGGGAUGAGGAGUUUUUGGAUUUUGUGAACGCCUGCAUUGAUGAGGCUGUUGACACUGAAUAUGAGAUGGUGCCCUUAACAAGGGAAGAAUGAUGUGGCCUUUUGGCAGGGCAAAAGAGCCCGCUCCUUUUCCUCCCUUGCCCCUCAGUGGUGGAACGAUUUAUCCACAGAUAUCAGGACCGCUCAGUCCCUGACCACCUUCCAGCGCCUCCUCAAGACUCACCUGUUCAGACAGCAUCUGUGAACCUCACAACUCUCCACUAUACUGGACUAUAUGGCACCCAAUUGUACCAGUACUUGCAUCAGCUUGUACUUGCACUGAACUGCUCCAUACCUUGCUGUAUUCUACUACUGCUCUUAAUUAUAACUUUACUCUUUACAGGUAUCUGUUUUCGCGUUUUUGUAAUUGCUCUUAUUUGAAAUGGCUCUCGUCCGUACUUGUUACCUGCUCUUACUGGACCUUGCUCAUAUAAGCAGUUAUUUUUUCUAUAAAUUAACUGCUCUCCGUCAAACUCGCCCUUCUAUGUAGUUAUUUACUGUAUUGUUUGGCUCGCUGUUUGAUCUUGUUUGCCACCGAUUUUAUUGUACUUUUUAUAACUGCUCUUACCUGUAAUGAUAUUCUGUAAUGUGACAUUAUGUACUGUAUUUUACAAUAUUUUGUACUGUAAUAUUUUGUAAUGUGAUAUUUUGCAACAACUGUAAAAUGGGCUGUAAGAUAUAAUAUUUUGCAACAACUGUAAAAUACAAUAAAACAAAAUUCAACAUAUAAAACGAAAAAUCAUUAUAAAGCAAACCAAGAAUGACAUUUUUAAUUUCUGAGGUUUAUACAAAAAAUACUUUAAACAAAUACUUUUAGUUGUCAAGGCUCAGCCGUUACCAUAGACACGAUCUGAAGGGCAAUGGAACGCUGACUAGCACUUGCGCAGAUGUAUAAUUUGGACCGAGUUGUUUGGGGAAAUAAAAUUGUAAUGGAAGAAAAGAUAAGUUUGUUUCUGAAGUGCCUAAACCGUGCAUAACAAUUAAACAACGCUGCAAAGAAUUGGUCCUGAUUUCUCUUGGCCAACUGUUUAAUCAACUGGAGAUAGCCACACGGGCAUCUGUGGAUACAGAUAUGUUGAAGGAAUGUAUUGUGAACCUGCCAGUGCUGAGGGAAGUGGAAGUACAUUAUUUUGUUUUGUGGUAUAUGAAACUCAGCGACAAUGUGAAAGAUGCAGUUAAGAAUCACUUCACGGCUCUGUAGACAUUAUUGACAUGUUAUUUAGGCACGUGCCAAAAUGUAAGUUUAUCCAGUACCGUGAUUUCUUGUUUCAUGAACCCUGUGGUUUCCGUUGACUGUGAACGUGUUUUUUUUCCCCUCAAAAAAUAUUUGCUGAUUUUUAAGUGACGUGACAAACCAUGAAAAAGUAAAACUUCGUUCUGUUGUAUGCUUGCAUUUUAAUUCUUGAUUUGAAUAUUUGUGCUAGAUUGAAGCUCCUUAUGAACACAAAUAUCCAAAUUUUCUUUCGGUGACCUGCUUUUUGAGUUAAUGCUGGAUUGUACAGCAUUCUGAAAUGAGCCAUUUUUUGUGUUUGUUGAUUUUAAUAUCCUUCAUGCAGAUUUGAUUUCCAUUGUGCAGUAAUAAAAGUAUUUUUGUAUAUUGAAUGUAUUUUUUUUAUAGUGGUCAUGGGCAGUAUUUACUAUAAAUAGGCAGUUAAUUAAAAAUAGUUGGAGACUUCACGUAUGUUACUGUUACUGGCGCUAAUGAGAAAUUAUGGUAACAAUUAUUUUUCUGUGCUAGGUCUGUUUAUUUCAAAAUACUAAACGGGUCAUGUUUCAUAAAUAUGUAUAUAGUUAAAACACGAUA